AUGAGAAUGCUGAGGUGGGUUAUGGGAAUAUCACUGCUUGAGAGAUUGGAAAAUGACGAAAUAAGAAGAAGGGCAGGCUUAGUAAAGAUAACAGUGGUAAUAAGAGAGUCACGGUUGAGGUUGUUUGGACAUGUGUUGAGGAUGGAUGAUGAGGAGGGAGUGAAGAAGGAUUGGGAGGAACCUGUUAGAGGAAGAAGAUCGAGAGGGAGACAGAGAAUUAGAUGGCGAUAUAAAGUGAGGGAAGAUAUGGAGAGAAGAGGUUUGGCGGAGGAUGGUGCCUUUGAUAGAAGGCAGUGGAGAAGGCGCGUCAGGCAACCGACCCCUUAA